AUGACUGUUGCUGAUCAAACACCAAUGGAAACAGUAAUUGAUAUGUUUAGAAAAUUGGGAUUACGUGGAACUCUUGUAACAAAUAAUGGAAGGUUAUUGGGUAUAAUAACAAAAAAAGAUAUUUUGACGUUUAUGAAAGAAGGGGAACAUAAUUAAUUAUUAUUAUUAGAGGUUGGACUGAAAGGGCUUACAAAGAGCGAGAUCAAUUUCAUGAAGAUCUCGAACGAUAACCGAGAUUUUUUGACAGCUCUCGUCUCUGUCCAAUCUCUCUAUUUUAUUAUUACUGGUGCCUGUUUGGGGAUUUUUCUUUGUGAUUGCCAAAAAAAAGUUUUUUCAAAACUAAG